GAGGCGUGGGGGAGCUUUUUAGGUUUUUAGCCGACAUCCGAGUGUCGCCGUCUCAGUAGUCUCAGAUCUCAGUUCCUAUUCGAUUCGUAAUUUCUACACGUACGUGCGCGCGUUGGGUUUCCUCUUACUUUCUUACUCCGAAUCGAGAUUAUAUCCAAGAGACGAUAGAGAGAGAGAAGUCGCUAGUCGCAGGAAACUCGAAACGCGCCCUUCUCCCGCUACCGGUCUUCUUCGGGCAGGAUCGAUCGAGGAGGUAUCGAACGAAAUGAAUUAAAUUGAUUCUCUGAAUAAAAUAUAAUAAGACCGAAUUGUCAUAGUGCGUCGGGAUAUCGCGGAAAUAUCUGUGUAUAAUAUCGUGUGAGAAAUAUUUUGCACACAACUCGCUUCUUAUUACGAGUGUAAACGAAAGAAGGCACCGAUAAAACGCUCCGAUCGAUAAUUGAUCGAUAAUUGGCUAAAUUGAUGACGUUUCAUCAACGUGCACAGACUUUUUUCCUGACAGUGUGUUAAUCGGGCGAUAAUAAGGAGGACAACGUGCAGUUUUCGGAACGACCUAUCGAUACAUUUGGUUUUACGAUUACGAUCAAUUACGAUGACUUCCGAGCCAUGGACCUUGCCUCCGAAGCAAGGUCUUUACGAUCCCGCCCUCGAACGAGAGGCUUGCGGCGUUGGUUUUAUCGUCGCCAUUGAUGGAAAGCGGUCGCAUAAGAUUAUACAAGACGCUCAGAUAUUGUCGGCGCGUAUGAAUCAUAGGGGUGCGUGUGCUUGCGAUAACGACACUGGCGACGGAGCUGGUGUACUUUGCGCAAUCCCGCACGAUUACUAUGCCAAUGAAAUUCGCGAGCAGCAAAACAUCAUAUUGCCCGAAUUCGGACGAUACGCGACCGGUAUUUUAUUCCUCGACAAGAAAACGCACAAGGAGACAGAGGCCGCCUUUGAGAAACUGGCCGAGGAGUGCAAUUUGCGAGUGCUGUGCUGGCGCAAUGUUCCCACUGAUAACAUCCAGAUUGGUCAAGUGGCGAAAAAGUGUGAACCGUACAUGCGCCAAGUAUUCGUUACUGGCGAUCAGGAUACGGAAACGCUUAAACGGCAGGUAUUCGUGCUGAGGAAGAGAUCGUCGCAUACAAUACCGCGACCAGGAUUACGAUACUACAUUUGCUCGUUGUCGCUAAAAACGGUCGUCUACAAAGGACAGCUGACCGCUGAUCAGUUAUGGUUGUAUUUCACGGACUUUAAGUCUCCGAAGUUUGAGACUUAUCUGGCGCUGGUGCAUACACGAUUUUCCACGAAUACAUUUCCAAGCUGGGAAAGAGCGCAUCCUCUACGAAUGCUAGCUCAUAACGGCGAAAUUAACACUCUACGCGGCAACGUGAACUUUAUGAAGGCGCGAGAAGGCGUGAUGAGCAGCCAGAUAUACGGCGAUCAGCUGAAGUUGCUCUAUCCGGUCGUUGAACCAAAUCUAUCCGAUUCUGGAUCGGCGGAUUGUGUGCUCGAAUUCUUGGUAAUGGCGGGACAACGUUCGUUGCCUGAGGCUGUCAUGACGAUGGUACCGGAGGCAUGGCAGAACGACGUAACAAUGGCCACCGAGAAGCGCGACUUCUAUCACUGGGCGGCGUGCGUUAUGGAACCUUGGGACGGCCCAGCACUGCUAACCUUCACCGAUGGUCGCUACGUUGGCGCUAUCUUGGACAGAAACGGCCUGCGCCCAUCGCGCUUCUACGUCACUAAGGAUAACAUGAUGGUGAUGGCGUCCGAAGUGGGCGUCUAUGAUACUCCGCCCAGCAAUGUAGUCCUGAAGAGUCGCUUGAAGCCCGGUCGAAUGCUUCUCGUUGAUACCGAAGAGAAGAGGAUCAUACAGGAUGUCGAGCUGAAGCUGCAAAUUGCUCGAAGCAGGCCUCAUUCCAAGUGGCUCAAAGAACAGAUUACUAUGGAAGAAUUGCGUGCCGCGCAUGCUAAUAAUGACAAUGCGGGAGACAUAAUCGGAAAUGAUCUAUCCACCGAGACGACUGUCGCGAAGAAAAAUGCUCUUAACGGCGAAAACGAGGUUUCGGCGGUAAAUAAAGUCUGGAGUGGCGAUAAACGACUCUCUCUUUACGGUUAUACUCUGGAAACCAUCAACCUGCUACUUUUACCUAUGGUGCAAACCAAUAAAGAGGCGUUAGGAUCCAUGGGCAAUGACGCUCCUUUGGCAUGUUUGUCGGAAUUCCAACCAUUAUUGUACGAGUACUUCAAACAAUUAUUUGCGCAGGUAACGAAUCCACCAAUCGAUCCGUUCCGCGAAAAGAUCGUAAUGUCGAUGCUCUGUCCAAUCGGACCCGAGAGCAACAUCCUGGAAACGAACGAGUUGCAAGUACAUCGCUUGUUCCUGCCCCAACCGAUUCUGUCCUUGAGCGAUCUCGAGGUUCUCAAGCGCACGACGCAUCGCGGCUGGCGAACAAGAGUGAUUGAUAUUACUUACCCCAUUGAAGAAGGUCCUACUGCCUUGUUGAAGACGCUCAAUCGUAUUAAUAAUGAGGCUAACGCGGCUGCCAGAGAUGGUUAUCAGCUUCUCGUAUUGUCCGAUCGACAAGGUGGUCCAUCAAGAAUUCCGGUAAGCAGUCUGCUGGCUCUAGGUGCCGUUCAUCAUCAUUUGAUCGAAGAGAGACAACGAAUGAAAGUCGGUCUUAUUUUGGAAACUGCGGAGGCUCGAGAAGUUCAUCACAUCUGCGUGCUACUCGGUUACGGAGCAGAUGCCAUAUGCCCUUACCUAGUAUUCGAAAUGGCGAAAAACCUGAGAGCGGAUCACGUUUUCGAUGAGACCUUCACCGAUGAUGUUAUUUAUAAGAAUUACGCGGAGGCUAUGGAACGAGGAAUCGCAAAAGUGAUGGCCAAGAUGGGAAUCUCAACUCUGCAAUCUUAUAAAGGAGCGCAGAUAUUCGAGGCAGUUGGAUUAGCCGAUGAAGUUAUCGAUAAAUGCUUCAAGGGCACUCAAUCUCGUAUCGGUGGCGUAACAUUCGAUAUUCUGGGCAAAGAGGCAUUCGAGAGACAUCGAUUAACGUAUUGGGAUAAACCUCUGGAUCAACUGGUGAUUCGUAAUCCUGGAAUUUAUCACUGGCGAUCUGGUGGUGAGAAACAUAUCAAUGAUCCUGCCAGCAUCGCUAGUUUACAGGAAUAUGUCGUCUCGAAAAGUAACUCGGCUUAUGAGAAUUAUCGUAAAACCACGAUGGACGUGGUGAAAGCUUGCACUCUGCGCGGCCAGCUCGAAUUGAAGAAGUCGCGUAAUCCGAUUCCCAUCACGGAUGUGGAAUCUGCGUCGGAAAUUGUGAAGCGCUUUGCAACUGGCGCGAUGAGUUUCGGCAGCAUUUCCUUGGAAGCUCAUACCACUCUGGCGAUCGCCAUGAACCGCAUCGGCGGCAAAUCGAAUACUGGCGAAGGCGGUGAAAACGCAGACAGGUAUCUAAACCAAGAUCCGGAAUUUAGCAAGCGCUCGUCUAUUAAGCAGGUAGCGAGCGGCCGGUUCGGCGUGACUGCCAGUUACUUGGCGAAUGCGGACGAUCUGCAGAUUAAGAUGGCGCAGGGUGCGAAACCCGGCGAAGGUGGCGAGCUGCCUGGUUAUAAGGUCACCGCGGAGAUUGCCGCUACCAGACAUUCGGUACCCGGAGUAGGUUUGAUCUCGCCGCCGCCGCAUCACGACAUUUACUCGAUCGAGGAUCUGGCUGAACUCAUCUACGACCUCAAAUGUGCCAAUCCGAACGCCCGUAUCUCCGUCAAGCUUGUAUCUGAAGUCGGAGUUGGCGUAGUCGCCGCUGGCGUCGCCAAAGGCAAGGCUGAACAUGUGGUGAUAUCUGGCCAUGACGGCGGCACCGGCGCCAGUAGCUGGACCGGUAUCAAGUACGCCGGAUUACCCUGGGAGCUAGGUAUCGCCGAGACGCACCAAGUGCUCACCCUAAACAAUUUGAGAUCGCGUAUAAUCGUCCAGGCGGAUGGUCAGUUGCGCACUGGUUUUGACAUUGUGGUGGCUGCACUGCUUGGCGCGGACGAAUUUGGCUUCAGCACUGCCCCAUUGAUCGCUAUGGGCUGCACCAUGAUGAGAAAAUGCCAUUUAAACACCUGCCCGGUGGGAAUCGCUACUCAGGAUCCGAUAUUAAGGAAAAAAUUCGAGGGCAAGCCGGAACAUGUCAUCAAUUUCUUCUUCGCACUCGCUGAAGAGGUACGUUCGCACAUGGCCAAUUUGGGCAUCCGCAAAUUUCAAGAUCUGAUUGGACGAACGGAUCUCCUCAAGGUACGCGAUGACAUUACUAUUGAAAAAGCCAAGACCCUGAAUCUCAGCCAUAUUCUGCGAAACGCGCUGGACUUGAGACCCGGCGUGAAUAUUAGAGGUGGCACUUUGAAACAAGAUUUUCAACUGGAGAAUAGACUCGAUAAUAAACUGAUUCAAUUGGCUGAACCCCUUCUGAAUGGAGAACAAACUCGAAUCGACGUCGAGAUGAACAUUAACAACGAGUGCAGGGCGUUUGGAUCGACAUUGAGUUAUCAUGUAGCCAAACGAUUCGGAGAAGCUGGAUUACCCGAACAUAGUAUCAACAUCAAAAUGCAAGGCUCUGCAGGCCAGAGUUUCUGCGCUUUUAUGGCCAAAGGUAUACACGUCACCCUUGAAGGUGAUGCCAAUGAUUACGUCGGCAAGGGUCUCUGCGGAGGUGAAAUUGUCAUAUAUCCACCGAAGGACUCUGAGUUCAAUUCGGAAGCGAACGUGAUCGUCGGGAAUGUUUGUCUUUACGGUGCUACUUCUGGAAAGGCUUACUUCCGUGGCAUCGCCGCCGAGAGAUUCAGCGUACGUAACAGUGGGGCAAUCGUCGUGGUAGAAGGUGUGGGCGAUCAUGGUUGCGAAUACAUGACUGGCGGUUGCGCUCUGAUUUUGGGUCUUACCGGUAGAAACUUUGCUGCUGGAAUGUCCGGCGGAAUCGCGUAUGUUUUGGACGUAGAUGGCUCCUUCAAGAGCAAGUGCAACCCUGAAAUGGUAGAGUUACUGCCGCUCAACAAUCCCAAGGAAAUCGCUUAUGUAAAGCAAUUACUGGAAGAAUUCAUCGAAAAGACCGGCUCGUUGAUUGCGCAGGAUUUGCUUGCCACAUGGCCAGAACCGACCACGAGAUUCGUCAAAGUUUUCCCAUACGAAUAUCAACGAGCUCUCAAACAGUUAGAAGAAGCCAAGCAUCAAACGCCUAAUAUAAUUAACGGUGACGCACAAGUGACGAAUAAGAUCAAAGACAUAGAAGAUGCGAUAGAGGAUGCGGAGAUGGCGCAGCGUAAACUGGAUAAAAUCAAGGGCUUUAUGAAAUAUUCGAGGCAAAAGGUCAUGUACAGACCAGCGGAGAAGCGUAUAGAGGACUGGAAUGAGAUCUACAACUUCCAAGGUAUCAGGAAGACUUUGCGAGUGCAAGCUGCAAGGUGCAUGGAGUGCGGCGUUCCGUUCUGCCAAAGCAGUCAUGGUUGCCCAUUAGGCAACAUUAUUCCAAAGUGGAACGAUCUCGUAUUCCAUCAAAACUGGAAGGAGGCCCUCAAUCAACUAUUGCAAACUAAUAAUUUUCCCGAAUUCACCGGAAGAGUCUGUCCUGCACCAUGCGAAGGCGCGUGCGUCCUAGGUAUCUCCGAACCACCUGUGACGAUCAAGAAUAUCGAGUGCGCGAUAAUCGAUCACGCGUUUGAACAGGGUUGGAUCGUUCCUCAUCCGCCGACCAGAAAAACCGGACGAAAAGUUGCAGUGGUGGGAUCCGGUCCCGCAGGAUUAGCUGCUGCUCAUCAAUUAAACAAAGCAGGUCAUACAGUAACUGUAUUCGAGAGAAACGAUAGAAUUGGCGGUCUGCUUCAAUAUGGCAUACCAACAAUGAAGCUUUCCAAAGAGAUCGUUCAAAGAAGAGUUUCUCUUCUAGCCGCGGAGGGAAUUAUUUUCAGAACGAAUGUUGACGUUGGCAAAGAUGUUACAAUGCAUCAACUUCAAGAGCAAUACGACGUAGUAUUGUUAACUACAGGAGCGACAUGGCCGCGGGAUUUGCCGAUUCCCGGCCGGCAGCUGGAGGGAAUUCAUUUUGCCGUGAGUUUCUUGGAACAUUGGCAGAAAAAACAGAUGGGUAACGCGACGCCACUCGACAUGCGGCUGAUAGCCAAAGAUAAGGAUGUAGUCAUCAUAGGUGGCGGCGACACCGGAUGCGAUUGCAUAGCAACUUCGCUACGUCAGGGCGCAAAGACGAUCACGACCUUUGAAAUUUUGCCCGAACCGCCAGCUCAGAGGGGCAAGGAUAACCCGUGGCCUCAGUUCCCGCGUGUAUUCAAGGUGGAUUACGGUCACGAGGAAGUAGCCUUGAAAUUCGGUCGAGAUCCGCGUAGAUAUAGCACGUUAAGCAAAGAAUUUCUGGAUGAUGGAAAGGGCCACGUGUGUGGCAUCAGGACGGUGUCCGUCGAGUGGCGAAAAGACGAAAAUGGCCGAUGGAAGAUGGAUGAGAUGCCGAAUUCGGAGAAGGUAUACAAGUGCGAUUUAGUGUUGCUCGCUAUGGGCUUUCUCGGCCCUGAAAAAUAUAUCGCCACGGAAUUGAAUGCCCAGUUGGACGAAAGGGGAAAUUAUAAAACUCCAGCUGGAAAAUAUAGUACUAAUUUACCCGGAAUAUACGCGGCAGGCGAUUGCAGACGUGGACAGUCUCUCGUAGUAUGGGCGAUCACAGAAGGGCGAUUAGCCGCGAAGGAAAUCGAUUUGGCCUUGAUGGGAGAAACCGGCCUUCCUGGAAGCGGAGGUGUCAUAACCGGCGUUAGCGCUUAAGGAUCUUCGUGACGGAUGUUGGUCUUCCAGUUAGAAAACAAAAAGAUCCACCGUGUGUAUGUACCACGAGAAAAGGAUCGUAUCGACUAUUAGGAGGCAGGAGGAGAGUCCUUGAAGAUCUAAGGAUGCAAGGUCCGAGAUCUAAGGAUUUGAAAAUUCCAAGAAUCCAAGGAGAUACGAAUCUAGAAUUAUAGAGUUCAGAAAAUAGGGAUUCGAGAAAUGUAAAUCGGAAAUAAAAAUUAAACUUCUAACAAUCCAAUAAUCUAUAGCUCCCAGCAUGCGGAGAUUAAAGAAUUUUCUCUUAGAACAAAUAAUUAUAAAUUUUUAAGAGAGAUUUAAAUAUUCAAAAAAAAAUUAUCUUUCUGCUAAAAACCUAGAGAUCGGGAAAUUCUUGUAUUCAAUUUUCCGAUAUCCAAGGAUCUAUAAAUUUUUCGAAUUUAAAAGUCUAACAACGAAAACAUUAGAGAAGUAAAAAAAAGUUCCAGGGAUUCCAAAAAUAUAAAAAUAUAAAAAUUGAAGAAUUCAACGAGUUAAAGAUUCUAACACACACCUGUAGAUGCAAGAAACAUGUCUAAGUUCAAGAAUUCAAGAACUUUUAGCAAGAAUCGAAAAUCAAGAAUUUAAGAAUAUAGAGAUCGAGAAAUCCUAUAAUUAAAAAAAAAAAAAAAAAAGAAAGAGGAAAUGAAAA